AUGAGUGCCCCUCCGAGUGGGAACUGUUUGUGAGCCUCUGCUCCAUCGAUCGGCUGCUCGGACCGAGCCGCUCCACCUGCAGCCAGACGAGAGAGACGGAGCCGUGAACGCGGAGCGCCAUGGACCCGCGGGACGGCGCUCUGGAGCUGCUGGGGCUGCUGGUCUACGUGGGCGCGUGGCUCUGCACCCUGGCCGCCACCCUCCUGCCCCAGUGGCUGACCAUGUCCACCGCCCUGCUGCCCGUGGAGAGCUACGGGCUGGGCCUGUGGGAGACCUGCGUGGUGCAGGACGUGGGCUCCACCGAGUGCCGGGCCUACGACGGCCUGCUGGGCCUCGCCGGCUACCUCAAGCUGGCCCGCGUCCUCAUGUGCGCCUCCCUGGCCGUGGGGGUGCUGGGAAUGCUGACGGCCGUGGGGGGGCUCCACCUGGUCGGCGGCUGCGGGGGCCCCGGGGCCAAGAGGACUCUGAUGGUGACGGGGGGGGUCCUCGGGGGGGCCGCCGGGCUGCUGUGUCUGAUCCCCGUGUCCUACGUGGCGCACAUGGCCGUGGCGCACUUCUUCGACGACAACGUGCCCGACAUGGUGCCGCGGUGGGAGUUCGGCGAGGCCCUGUUCCUGGGCUGGGCCGGGGGGGUUCUCCUGGUGGGGGCUGGGCUCCUCCUGGUCUCCUCCCGCUGGCGCUCUCAGGUGGAGCCUCAGCCCGGGGGGAUGCAGCGCAGGUACCAGGUGAUGAGCACGGACGUGUCCUUCCGGAAGCAGUCAGAGUACGUUUGAGGAGGG